AUUAUCUUAUCAUUCGAACUGAAGUAUCAAUACAUUCUGUCGGCUUUAUAAACGAACCACCUACGAAUAUCACCAGCAGAAUGAACUCAAGCAUGAUGACACGCAUUCUAAGUAGUUUCUUCCUUAUUUGCAGUAUCAGCGGUGUCUGGUCGGUUCAGGAAGAGAUCGUUGAUGCUUUGGAAAAUGGAGCUCUUUCGCCUGAAGAAGCCUUCUCGGAUCUGGUAGUGUUCGACGACGAUGGUAAACCUGUUAAAAUAGAUUUCGAUCUAAAUGAUCCGGAAAGCGAAGAAGAAACUAGACAGCAGUUGAAGAAUCGUGUCAUCUUCCACUUGCAUACAAGAUCGAAUCCGAAACAACCUAAGACUUUACGCGUGGGUGACGUGGCUGCUUUGAACAAGAGUGACUUCAAUCCGAAGAAACAUACAAAAUUCAUUACACACGGAUGGAUGCAAUCUUCCAAGAACGAUGCUUGCACCAAAGUUCGUGAUGGUUUCCUUAAUAAUGGCGAUUACAACAUCAUUGUAGUGGAUUGGCAAAAAAUAUCGAAGAGGCCAUAUCUUUGGGUCAGUAGACGAAUACCGAUGAUCAGUAAAUACGUCUCCUCCAUGAUUAAUUUUCUUGAGGAACAAGGGAUGGAUAUAUCUAAGGUGACAGUGGUCGGCCACUCUCUAGGCGCUCAUAUCGCCGGAUUGUCGUCUCAUUACGCAAAAAAGAGGGUGGAUUUUGUUGUCGGUCUGGAUCCUGCAUAUCCAAAUUUCGAGAUUGCAGGCGUGGGCAGCAGGAUCGCCAGCGGCGACGCGAAUUACGUUCAGAUCAUUCACACGAACGGUGGUCUUCUCGGUUUCAAGUCGGCGAUCGGCGACAGCGAUUUCUACCCGAACGGUGGCACUGCGCAAGUGGGAUGCACAGUUGACGUCGCGGGGGCGUGUUCACACCUACGCUCGGUUUACUAUUUCGCGGAAUCUCUCAACAGCAAGUCAGGUUUUUGGGCGUCCAAGUGUCAAAACGUCGCGGAUGUCGAUAAGCACAACUGCAAAACGAAGCCCGAAGCUGUUAUGGGAGGCGCUGUACCUGAUUUGAAAGUCAAAGGCGUGUACUACUUGAAGACGUCCAAGUCAUCUCCGUAUGCUCUUGGAAAUUAAUGUAUUCCCCACCAGCGACAUUACGAUUUUAUAUUCGAAAAUUCGAAGCGUUACAUUCUAUCCGAGAGGACUUUGAAGUUAAAACGUGAGUCCUACGACAGUGUAUCAAAAUUUUUGUACUCAAUCCUCGAUCGGUAUUUCGUUAUUUAGCAUUCCAGUAUUACGUUUUUUAUUCAAUUUUUACAUUACGAAUAUCAACGAAUAAUUUGUUUGGGCUAAAGUGAAUCCGGAAUCUGACGUGCAAGGAUUAAAUCUCGAACUCUUAGCGACGUGUAUUGACAUUUCGAAGGUACAACUAGUUUCCACGCUCUGUAAUUGUGCAUCUUGUAAGGUGAUAAUGAAAACAGAGGUAAAAAUGAA